UGUGUCGUUUGGCUUUUGGACUUAAAGGGGAUGCAGAGCAAAGUACACGAGAUUUUCUCAAGUCUACGAUCAAAUACUAUGCCAGUAACAUCGAUAAAACAGAGACAAUCACAGUGACGUGGGAUGGCAUAAUGACACAGCUUCAUUGCUGUGGAGUAGACAAUCAUUUGGACUUCCGAGAGAGUACAAAUUGGACAUCUACAGAUAAAAUUCUACCUGAAGCAUGUUGUAUAAAGGAAAACAAUAUUUUGAAGGAUCCAUCUUGCCCUAUCAGUCCUACUUCCAAUAAUUCUUAUUAUAAACAGGGUUGUUAUAGAGCAAUAAUGAGGACGAUCGAAGAAAAUGCGGCUAUAGUAAUCGGCGUUGCGACUGGAUUAGCAUUUGUCGAAAUCCUGGUUAUUAUUUUAGCUCUGCACUUGGCAUGCUGUUACUGGCGUCCACAACACGUUUUAACUUGUUGGUGUUGCUGUUGACCACAUGCAUUAACAGCGAGCUCUUCGUACCUUCUUCUUGGCUACUUCCUUCAUAGAAGUGAAAAUUGGUUUAAGCUUACUUACUACUCGAAACUAGGCCGGAAUACGUGUUCGUCAUCUACUCAAUUAUAUUUUAUUACUUCUCUAAAAAUAUUCGCAAAAGUGGAAAUGUUUAUCGAGUAAUAUUUUCUAUGAAUAUUUCAAAUAUAUGUAUCAUAAAUGUACAUUUUAAUUGGGCUAACAACAACUAAAAGGUAUAAGUACAAAAAUUUCAAAUGCAAUUGCUUUGUUUUUUCAAGCAGGACGCUCGAUAAUUUAGCUAGUUGUAUAAUUAGAAAAUUAAUCUAAUUAGUAAAAAGAUAUUGUUCAUUUUUUAAAGCAAACCAGUACAAAAACAAAUAAAGAGUUUAAAAGCAAGA